UGGUCGCAUUUGGGCAUAGCUUGGCGUUGUAGACUGGAGAGGAGAAACGUUCAGCCACACGACAUUGUGAGAUUCCAUUCCGGUCCUCGAUUUCGCAAUUCUAGAUCUAUCUGUCCGACUCAGUUGCAGGGAGAGUCACCGAUAAGCUGUAAUCGAUGAUACUAUUGCAGUCGCACUCCAGAUUUCUGCUCCAGACUUUGUUAAAUCGGGUGCAGAAUCUUGAGAAAGCCGUGGAAGUGGAUUACAAUUGGGUGGAAUUUGAUGAUGUGCGCUACCAUGUCCAGGUCUCAAUGAAGAACCCCCAUCUCUUCCUGCUAUCUGUAUCAUUGCCCAUCCCUUCUGCAGAUACUGUUUUUUGUGGUGGCCUCCCAUCUGGAGCCAUAGAAGCAAUUAAAGCUGCAUAUGGCGUGCUUGUACAGAUUCUUGACCCUCCAAGAGAUGGUUUUAAUCUCACAUUAAAGUUGAAUCUUUCGAAACUUCCUCACGAUGAAGAUAAUAGGCACACUACUUUGGUAAAAGUUGCAUCGAUUAGGGAAGUGGUACUUGGUGCUCCAUUAAGAGUAAUUCUUAAACAACUCGGGUUGAGGAUUAUUGGUUCUGAUGUCAAUAGGCUUGUUGCACUUGUACAUCGUCCAAAAGAGUCAUUUUUUCUUUUACCUCAGGCUGAAAAGGUAAUUGUGGUGUAUCCGAUGAGAUUUAAGGAUUCUAUAGACAUUGCUCUUGCAACUUCUUUUCUCCAGGAGUUUGUAGAAGCAAGACGAAGUUCUGGACUCAAUAGUGCCCCUCCUUGUUCAUGGUCUCCAUCUCCUCCUCAAGAGUUGAAGGGAGCUCCUAAUGAUGCAUUAUCAGCCAAUGCGGGAUUUGUUACUUUUGUAAUUUUCCCUCGGCAUGUAGAGGGGAAAAAGAUCGACCGUGUAAUUUGGAGCUUGUCAACAUUUCAUGCAUAUGUCAGUUAUCAUGUUAAGUGUUCAGAAGGUUUUAUGCACACACGGAUGCGACGUCGUGUUGAAUCUCUGAUUCAGGCACUUGAUCGUGCCAAGCCAGAUGUAAUCGAUACAAGUAAAAAAGCAAACAGCAGAUCCUUCAAACGGCUGGAUAGUGAUGGGAAUGCUGGGUGAUGAUGAAUUGUGGAAAUUUUGUAAUACCAGUUGCUGGGUGAGAACCACUCAGUUUUCUCCAUAAUUGCUGGAAAGGUAAUGUGGUUAUUCUAUUUUAUUUCUUUCAUUUAUAGGGCCAUCCUUGCUUCUUCUUUUUGGCUUUGACUGUGCUAUAUAUAAUUUAUACAUGUCAAAUCGAAGUCGCAAUAUUUAAUUUACCCUCCAAUGAUAACUUUAUUACCUUUAAUAAAUUUACUUAGUUUAAGUUUA